AUGCACUCCUUGCCCACCGAACUGCUCUUGCUGAUUGCAGCAGCCGUCAUCGACGAUGCGGGUCCGGGAUUUGCCACGUGGACUCUCAAAACGUUGUCGUCGGUUUGCCGCGAGUGGCGGGAAACGUUGCUGUCUACGCCGCAGCUUUGGUCUAGGGUCUCCAUCUGCGUUUUCGGCUAUGGGCGGAUUGCACACACCGAGCCUAUCCUCCCCGUUAUACUGUCGCGUUCUUAUCCCCACCCGUUGGAUCUGACGAUCACGGAAGGUUUAAGAGAUGUCGCAGCUCUUCGUGCCAAAGGAGAGACGAUUGCGUUUAACGGACAACUCUCAGAGAUACGAGGUCGUCAGAUCCAUCACUUGCAUCUGCGCUUCGAGAAGACCGAAGGGAAGCUGCGUCAUCAAUACAUAUGGGAUUGGUUCGGACAAGAUGCUUUUCAAGACAUGACAUCGCUCCAUCUCGAAGGAGGACUGCACGGCAUUCACCAGGACUCGAGAUUUCAGAUCACUGUUGACAAUAUCACCGUCCACUCACCUGCCCUGGAGGAUCUCCGCCUGUUCGGCGUUUUCUUGACGCAGUUCGCUUCGUGCCCGUUCUUGAACCUGGUCGCGCUCGACCUCCAUUGGUCUCCCCAUCAUUACGACGGUCGGUGCUGGCUAAGAUUGGGGCAGCUACAGAAACUGGAGGAGCUGUGUCUCCGAUUCCCAGACGGGGAAAUCCCGCUACCGCGGACAGACGGGCUUGAACCGGUCUCGUACCCGGACAUGACGUUGGCUCGGCUCCGCGAGCUCACCAUCGAAUGCGCCAAGUUACCAUCGAGCCAGUUGGCCGCGUCGUAUUUCCGGUCCUUGGACCUCCCUUCGCUGCAAAGUCUUCACCUCUUCUGUCCCGAAAAGAGCCACGCGCAUUGGAAGGAAGUCGUGUUGCGGCCGGGGCGCACCUACCCGCACGUCAAGAGCUUGCGCAUUUACUCUGAUGCUCCCCGAGACGAGUACGGUCCCCGCUUUCCGGCGCUGGACGAGAUCAUCGUGCCUCCGCUCAUCCGAUGGACGCGCGAGGAGGGCCAUUUCGGCGUCGACGUAAGUUGGGCGCUCGGCCCUUCCUGGCCCAGGCGGCGGAUCAUCGAUUUGCGAGAGCACACAGAGCGCCAACCCGUGGUCCUCGCGUCCGUGAAGGGGCAGGUAUCGAGCAUCGGUCGUAGUCACGCAGAGCCGAAGCUAGUCAUCCUCGUCCAUCCGUCCGCCAAAGCUUGGUGCGAAGACAAAGGUAUAUGGGACUGGCUCAUCGAGAACACGGAUGUGAUCACAGACCGAGGAGGCGUACACCGCGUGAGGACAUUCUUCGCGUAG